AUGUCAAACUGACUGUUAUAAAAAAAACGACCAAAAAUGGUAUAAUCAUCCUAAUUUUAGCCUGAAACGUCUCUAAUAUGGCAAACUAUUGGUGGCGCGCAUUCCUUUUUAGGAUAGUUUACCCCACGGUAGCACUUUAUGCUGCUUUACAACGCCCUUCUGUCAUUUCUUUCGUGUACUUACUGUUGGCAUGUUACGCUCCAUUUUAUUCAGUGCCUUUUAUGAAAAACGUAAAAGGCCACAUGUUCAUGAAAAUAUCCACAUUGUGUUCCUUACUGACGUCUAUAUUCGUCCUAAGCUGUUACAUGGUUAUAUUCUUUCCUACUGAUAAGGAAUUUCGUUUAACGAACUGUAGUCCCUUAGAAACAUUAUUAAGAACAGUGGGUAUAGUAAACUUGGACGAACUAGAAUUAAACUAUAGUAUAAUAUGGAUUUUUCCAGAACCUCUUAUGUUGGUCACAUCUGUGGUGAUGUUCUUUGCAUUAAGGAAUGUUGCUGUGGACCAAUUUAUGUUAGAAGACGAAGAAACUGAUCUGAAAGAGAAAGAAGAGAGCCGAGUUAAAAUAUUGGGAAUUUUAACAUCGAUUGGGAAAUACGUGGUGACUUUUCUGUAUUGUAUUACGUCAAUACUAAGACCCUCAAUUCUGGGAGCAGUUUAUUUUUUAAUUUUCCUAAUAAUCAUAAUAUACUGGGCCCUAAAUAAUUCCUUAAAAAAAAAAUUCGCCAGAGUAUUAUGUGUAAUGCUACCCGUAUUGUUCACAAAUAUGGCUUGCCUUUAUUGGUAUCAGUUUCAAUAUUUCCAAGAUAGAAAAGACGUGUUUGAUCCCAAUGGGACAUUGAGAAGAUUAUUUAAUUUUGUUGAUCUGAAGGUCUAUAAAGAUUGUAAAAACCCUUAUAGUUUUAUCGUGCCGAAGCAACCUCAGGAAAUAUAUGCCGAACCUAUUUGCUUGUAUUUUUUGUAUUAUUUUAGCGUUUUGGUUAUAAGGCAAAUAUUUAAAGCAGAGGAUGGUAUAAGCAAUUUAAUACUAGAAUUUUUCCGCCGAGACCCUCAGUAUGCCAAAUGGAGAAGGGGCUUGGAUAAAAUUAGGAAAAUGAAAGAAGAAGACAGAAUUUUAAGAGAAGGAGGACGAACUAAAGCUGAAAAAUUUGGCCUAUUUGUGGAACAAGUCUUACAAUUCCUUAUUAACAUAUCGUACCUAAUUGGCAAUUUCUUGAUGAUGAUUUGGGCCAUAACCUUUGUGGGCUGGAAGGGUUUUAUUUUGCUCUGCUGGGCCAAUCUUAUAUGGCUUAUUCCAUUUAGAAAGAAAAUGAUGCUGUAUUCCAGUCCGUUUUUAGUUCUUUUCGUUAUUUUUUUAUCGGUUACAGCUUACGCAUAUACGAUCAAUUUAACAGAAAAGGAGCUGCCUUCGUAUCUCGGUGUGAUGAAUUUAGCAGAAGGUACCUCACGUGUUAUAAAUGAGGGUGGUAGAUAUAAGAAUUUAUUACUGCGAUCCCUUUAUGCGAUCUUAAUGUUAUUUAUUCUACGUCAGCUGUUCCAAGAAAUCGCGGUAGCCAAACUCGAAAGAGAACUUAUUCAAUUGGCAGGAUCAAAUACUGCAUCCCUUGUAUCAACAAAUUCUUAUCGCGAGCGAAAACAUAAGCUGGAAAAGUUUCAAUCGAUCGCCCUAAAACUUCUGGCAUAUUUUUGGUUAUAUGUUGUAAUAAUAUUAAUGAUUUGGAUGAACUUUUGGACGGCAACCAGCUUGUUUAGGAUUGUUUUCGUUGGAUUAGCCAUUAUCGUAGUCAUGGUGUUCCAAAUAUUUCCUUAUACAUUUUUCAAGAAGUUCCUGAGAGGUUACUGGUGGGUGGUGAUCUUAUACUCAACCUUUAACUUACUUGUCCUUUACGCUUAUCAAAUAAAAGUUAUAAGAAAUUUUAUGCAUAUAUAUGUAAAUCAAGGACUUUUUAAACAGUAUGGCUUUGAGGUAUCUACCCGCAAAAAGGAGUUAGGACUGGCACUUGCGAACCCUUUGUUUUUUCAAUUGGCGGUGGUGAUUCAGCAACAUUAUUUGCAAGAUACUUUUAAUGUACUCACUUCUCCUAGAGAUCCUGCAGAUGUUAGAUUUGAGGAGGAGCUGUUUAGACAGCAAGAAGAUACCUGGUUUAAAAAAGUAAGAAUUGCCUUGACAGCAAUAAAAAACACCAUAUUUGGCGUCAUGGAACUUCACAUGCGUAAAAUUUGUUUACUAAUUGGAUGGUACAUGUGCAUAUUCGAACUGUCAGCCCUAUUUGUCCCGGUCGUUUUGCUUUUUACCAUUUCCUGUAUAUUUACCAGUAAAUUCAGGGAUUUUUCGAUUUAUUUUGUCUCGUGUUUCCUGCAAGUUCUUAUAAUCAUGCGCCUGCUUUAUAUGGUUUUGGAUACACAACACGACAAAUAUAAUUUUGUUGGUUACUAUACACGCAAUGGUAAGACGUACAAUAAAACUUUAAACACCAUGGACUGGAUAGGAUUUCAUAAAUCCGGAUUAGGUCCUAGAUAUUCGGACUUUCAUCAAAUAUCGUUGAAUUUUUAUUUUAUUGCUGCGGUCACUUUAAUGCGGGUUUGCACUAUUAGAAUGAGUAACUAUAGAGUAUCCAGGGAAAUCCCAGAUAAGGUUAAACUGGUUCUCUUUCCUGAAGUGACUUAUGAGAAUUAUCAUACGAGUGUUAUUGACUUAAUAAAGUUUUGGGUGAAUUAUUUCUUCUAUAAAUUUGGGUGUGAGAUUUGCGCUAUUGCUUGCAUAAUAGUAAUAUGGGAACGCAUGGAUUUUAUAGCUUUAUGUUUCUCAGUAAUGACACUAAUAAUUUAUGCCCUACCUAGACGCAAAUUGAAACGUAUAUGGAUUUUCCUUGUUGUAAUAGCAGCUUUUAAUGUACCCAUUCAAUAUUUGGCAACACUCGGAUUUUGGCCAACAUUCUGGGACAGAUCGAUGACUCAGUUUUGGAGCGAAACGAACUUAAAAUUAAGAAUCCAGCAAUUUUGCCACAUAAGUAACAUGGCCCAUCCGCCGGUUAAACAUAAACUUACGUUAGACUUUUGGCUUUAUUUGUUAUGUUCAAGACAGCGGCACGCUUUUAAAAUGGAAACUCUGGGAAGGUAUGAAGCAGCUGGAGAAAAUGAAGAUGUGUCUGAAUAUAUUGACGAUAUAAACCAUAAGAAUCCUGUUCCGGAUUAUGUAACGUAUACAAGGUGUGACUUGGACUUCAUCAAACGAAUCUUUUUCACAUCUUGGUUUUAUGUGGCACUAUUGUCAACUUUUUUGGCAGGUGCCUUAAUGCCCACCCUCUUGUCCGUUGGGUAUAUUUUGGGUGCCUUUUACUUCCUAUGGCAGGGAAGUGACAUCUAUUUGUUUCAUCCAAAAACCAUUCAAAGAAGAUGGAACAUUCUCUUGGGAUAUUCGAUCGUAGUAAUGAUGAUUCGGGUCACGUAUCAAAUUAUUGGUUGUAUCUUAGUUUAUGAAAAGGAAUUUUAUAUAAACUGUAUGGUGUUAAAGAUCUUCUCGAUUGGUUGCGUGGACAAAUACUCUACUAGUAAAAUAAUACCAAAUCUAUCAACAAAGCAUGAGUGCCAUGCAACCCAUAACGUACUGGGGUUAGGUUAUGACCUUUGGUGCUUCUUUUUUCUCACUUUUCAGCAAAGGAUAUUUAAAAGCUAUCACUUUUUCCAUUUAGUUAACGAUGCUAAAGCUCAAAUUAUUCUGGAAGAUCGAGGUGCUCUCCUAAUUGAAGAAAUAAGGCAGAAGAAGAAGCAUGAGCUCGAUACGAGAGAUGCAAAAAUCAAAGAAAAUUGCAAGAAAAAGCUCGAGCAACUCAAUGAUGCAUAUAAAAAAGCGCUUGGGGAUGUUUAUGAGAAGAGAAGACAGAAUCACUGGCAUAUGCAAAAGAGUGCAGACUAUUUCCUCUUUAAUGAAAACAUGUUAAAAAAUAACAUUGCUUUAUUGCCACCUAAAGAAGAAACUGUUGAUGAUGUAGAUCCGUUUGAUCCGAUGCGCAUAACUCAUGCUAUAGAAUUUCUUGUUGCCAAAGGUGUAUCAGCAUUUUUAGCAGAAAGAUCUGUGAGAAUUAAACAAACAAAGGCACUUAAAGCAGGCAAAAAGCCAGAAGUCGUUAAGAAGAUGACUAUCGUUACUUCAACUUAUUUCAAAUCCGCAGCCAGAACAGUAUAUUAUGACCCAUCGACUCCAAGAAAAAUCUUAAAUGUUUUUAUUCUUUUAUUUGCCUUAAGUGAGUGUUCGAUCGUUAGCAUUUAUGGGUAUUUAAAUAGGAAUACGAAGCCUUUUAGACAAAUUUUAAUCCAAAUGGAUUUGGACAGAAGAGCUUUAAAGGAAAAAACCGAUUUUAAUAAGGGUCAUCGUCAUGAGUUAACAAAAGUGUGGAGCCCAACUGAAUCUUUUAGCGAUAUCAUAAAAGCUACUCGUGCCCAGGACGUGCACGACCAACACCCAGAUCAACCGCGCAUGCUUUACUCAAUAUACUUAAAAUUAAUAAGAGCACUUUGGUUCAUGCUUAUAACUAAUACAGAAUGGUGGUGCUAUUGCGUUAUUAUAUUAAUCCAGACGACAAAAGGCGAUAUGAUGACUUUGCCUAUAAUUUUAUUUACUUUUGGAUGGGGAGUAUUGACUGUACCACGGCCCACGAAGACUUUUUGGAUUGUUUCUAUCUCUUAUACUCUUAUAAUGGUAGGCAUUAAGCUAAUUUUCCUUUUGGAUGUUAUUAAUUGGGACUUCAAUCCCAGGCGAAGCGAAAAUUUAUUCUUUCCCCCUCAAUUCAUCGGAAUGACAAAAACUAUAAAUCUUUACAUCAGUUUGAUAAAUUUGGCUGUUUUGUUCUUGCACAGGGGUAUCCUACAGAUGUUGGGUCUUUGGAAGCCAAAAGUUUACCGUACGAUUUCCCUUAUUACUGAUGGUGCUUAUACAGUUACUAAGGGAAAAUUUACCCUAAUUAAAAAUCCGGAAGCCAGCAAGCAACCGAAAAUAUUAAGUGUUAAAACUGAGAAUAUAUCCCUGGGUACAUAUUUUCCAAAAUCCUUGGUGCAUGGGCUUAGCAAGUAUGGUGAGGGCGUAAAAUUAUUCAUUCAAUACUUAGUCGAACCCGCGUCUGCGCAAAUACCAGUUGACGUAUAUACACCCAUGUUCUUAUGUGAUGUGAUAAAUUUACUUCUUUUAACGUUUUGCUAUGGAAGCUUUAUGAGCUCAGUUGACGAAGAUGGUUUAUACCAGUUUGUCAUGACCAAUCGGGUGCCAGUAUCGUUUAUCAUCGUUUUUCUUGCUUAUAUACUGUUGAUGAUCAUCGAUAGGGCGAUCUACAUGAGACGAAACCGAUUCGCUAAAAUCAUCUACUAUUACCUUCAAGUGUUUUUCAUUCACGUUUGGUUCUUUAUCCUUUUUCCUUUUUUAACUUACAGGAGAGUUAGAGAAACACCAGUAGUUCAAACUUUUUACGUGUUCAAAGCAUUAUACUUCUUAUUAUCAGCCUAUCAAAUUAGAAAUGGGUAUCCCUUACUUAUUUCUUAUCAUACACUUUGGCAUGGAUAUGGUGUGAUAAAUAGAUUUGGAUACAAAUUAUAUACAUGCAUCUAUUAUUUCUUUGAAAUCAGACUUAUCCUGGAUUGGAUGUGGAGCGAAAGCUGCCUCGCUAUUACUGCGUGGUUUAAAAUCGAAGAAAUUACUCAGAACAUGUUUGACCAACGGUGUGAGCAAGUGUAUGAAGAAAAAUACACUUCUCCCACAGGAGAACCAAAGAAACACGUGAGAAAAUACAUAGUAGGCACACCGCUUAUCAUAGGACUGAUACUGUCUGUGAUAUUUCCAUUUAUAUUAUUUUCUCUUGGUAGUCAAGUGGGUAUAGCAACGCGUCCCACUAAAUUUGGUAUUGAUGUUUAUAUGGGGAGUACUGAGCCUAUUUUCAAAACGUAUGCCACUGAGGAGCGUAUUGUAAAAUUUACCACAGAUGAAUACAAAAAUCUUACUAACAUCUUCAAUAACAUUCCUUUCGCCCAAGAUAUGUUCGGUGGAUAUGAAGCAGAGGACGUAAUAGCAGUGAAGUGGUCCACACAAAGUCUAACCACAUGGAAAAUAUCACCUGGAGCAUUCAAGGAAUUAAGAGACCAACUUUUAUCGAAAAAACCUUACGUGAUGUUGAUAGAAAUAACCUUCAGUCACGUGGGUCACGGCGGUAAGGUAAAGGAAGGAAUAUUCAGACAAAGAAGCGUAAUUCAUCCUCUACCAGAUAAACGAAGAGAGCUGCUGUUAAAAAUGUUAGAAUCAAACGUAACUGCAGACUCUGAGCUUUGGUUGGACUAUACAUUUCCCAAAUUUCUACUGAUCACUAAAGAGGGGGAGGCUGAGGCUUUGAGUAUUAUGGCCGAGUCAUAUAGUGACCAACAAAUAGAUGAAGAAAAUGACCUCAUAAUAGAUUUGGAUGAUGUAGAUGCCAAUAAAAAAUUACGCGAUCCCAGAGUUAUGAGACAUCUCUUGCUUAAACUCUCUGUUAGUCCAACUGGUGAGAAAUGGUGGGAGUUACGAGAAGAAUGUCACGCAGUUGACAAUAAUUAUUUUUACUAUCUUAGGGAUCUUGUGCAUAAUCGGUGCGACAAUCUUAUAGUCCUUUACGUGUUUAAUGAGAGGGUUUUUAGUGAUGCUUUGAAUUGGUUAACACAGAGUGGGAUCUUAGGACUAUACCUGAUUUAUUUUUUCUUGGUCAUAGAAGUAAUAAGAGGAUUCAGGAUAGAAGUGGAUGAGAUUUGGGUCGAAGACUUACCCGAUUCGGUCGGUUUGUGGGAUAAAUGUAUGGAGGUGUGUAUAGCAAGAGAUAUGGGAUAUUACGAGUUAGAAGAACUACUCUACGCAGAACUUGUAUUCAUAAUGCGUUCCCGAGAAACCCUUAUAAGGAUGUCAAGAUCAAAGAGCGAAGAGAGUUCUAUCGUUCCAGCAGCUACUAAAGGAACUAGAAGAGCCGGCCCUAAAUAAACCAGGAAGUUUUUUUUUCAUUUUCAUGUUAUAAAUAAUAGUUUAAUUGUUAAAGUUUUUGAAAAUAAAACUCUAAGAUUAUUAUAUAAAAACUAUAA